GUCAUAAUCAUUCAAUUUGUACAAUUCACAAAAAAAUUGCGAAUUUUUGUAUUGAUAUUUUUCUGAAUUAAUCACGAAUGAUAACUUUGUCGUGAUAUUGCAUUGCGCGCCGUUCGAUUAGGCUGUUCCUCACCGCUGUUGAUCGGCACCCGGCUCAGAUUUCUAGCUCCAAUUCACGAAGUAUAUUUUUGUAAAUUUAAGUACGAAAUUAUUGUGAAAGAAAGUCUUUACAAUGUUAUCUUCAUUAUAUUGUAGAACCUCAUCUAUAGCGGCGCAGCUAUGUGCAGCGUCAUACAGCACGGCGGCCAAGCCCAAGACCGCAAUUAUAAUGCUCAACAUGGGAGGACCGACCACAACGGACCAGGUUGGAGACUACUUGCACAGAAUCAUGACAGACCGAGACAUGAUCCAGCUGCCGGUGCAGAGCCGGCUCGGGCCGUGGAUCGCCAAGCGCAGGACCGAGGAGGUCCAGAAGAAAUACAAGGAGAUUGGCGGAGGCUCGCCCAUACUCAAGUGGACUAAUAUACAAGGCGAGCUGCUAACCAAGAAGCUGGACCAGCUGCUGCCGGAGUCCGCCCCGCACAAGCACUAUGUGGCGUUUAGAUACGUGCCCCCCUUCACUAGUGAUACUUUCACGCAGAUUGAGCAGGACGGCGUGGAGCGAGCUGUGAUCUUCUCCCAAUACCCGCAGUACAGCUGCGCCACCGCCGGCUCUAGUAUGAACGCCAUCGCCGACUUUUACAAGAACAGACAAAUCCCUAAGAACAUAAAAUUCAGCGUGAUAGAGCGCUGGGCGUCGCACCCUUUGCUCGCGCGUGUGUUCGCGGAGAGAAUCAGAGAGAAGCUGGACAAGUUCGAGAGAAACGACAGAGAUCAUGUCCUUAUAAUGUUUACGGCGCACAGUCUGCCGCUCAAGGCGGUAUCCCGCGGCGACACAUACCCCCACGAAGUGGCCUCCACAGUCGCACUGACCAUGCGCGAGCUGGGAGUGCGCAACCCGCACCGCCUCGUGUGGCAGUCCAAAGUAGGGCCCCUGCCGUGGCUGCAGCCCUACACCGAUGACGCUAUUAAGGCAUACGCAAAGCAGGGCCGCAAACAUCUGAUCCUGGUGCCCAUAGCUUUCGUCAACGAACACAUCGAGACACUACACGAACUGGACAUCGAAUAUUGUGAUGAGGUCGCUAAGGAGGCCGGUCUUACUCAAGUGGAGCGCGCGGCGGCCCCCAACGACCACCCAAUAUUCAUAGACGCGAUGGCCGACGUCGUCAGACAACACAUCAAGAACGGGGAGACGGUGUCCAGCCAGUUCCUUAGCAGGUGCCCGCACUGCGUCAGCGCUCGCUGUCAAUCGUCGAAGCAAUUCUUCAAGGAUCUCUGUUACGAGCCGGCACAAAUGAAGGAAUCCUUCAUAGUUACAUAAAUAAGUCACUAUAACUUGUUUCAGCUAAUAUGAUACCUGUGACAGUUCACAAUUUUCUGAAUUACGCGAAAUCUGUCAAUAAGUCGAUAGACAAAUCUAUUGAAUUUCACUAUGGGAUAUCUCUAAAACCGCAAAACUCAAAACGUCUCCAUGUCUUCACAGGAAUAAUCUUAGCUGAAAUGAGAAUUAUGUAGUUCUUCAAAUGUUUCCAUACAUUUGUUUCCUUUGUGACUGGUAGCUAGAGUAUGAUCUUAUUGUUAGAUUACUUUAUGUAAAUAAUUAAUUACAUUAGAAACACUGCCAUCAAAGGAAUACAUUAAUAGAAACAGUACAGCUGUUUUGCCACAAGGCUCUUUGGUAGAAACGAAUAAUCAAAGCACAACCUCUUAUUUCCAUAGUAAUUUUACAAAAAUGCACUUCAGUUUAGAAUUUUCAAAUUUAUUUUACAUUAAUUUAAAUACUUACAAGGUUUUGGAAUCUAUUUAUAGUCAAAAUUAUAGACUGUUCUUUAUUGCUUUUUGUGUUUUUAAACUACAUAAUAGUAAAGUUAGGAUUAAUUUGUUUUUGUUGGGUAGGUUUAACUUUAAGUAUGCAAUUUCAGCAUUUUGUAACAAGACUUCUGUUGUUAUUGUUUUUUUAUGUAAAUAAGACAGCAUUUAUUUUAUAAUGGUUACGUGUAAAAUACAAUAAACGGAUGAUUAGUUUUAAAA